UGCAACUAAUCGGCAGCAUUGACCAGGAAGAUGGCGGAAGGAGUGAUCCCAGACCUGCCACCUCAAUCCCCUGCCUCUGUCAAGGCUUACGGAACCAUGGAAUCAGCUGAGCAACCUCAAGGAUCAUCACAGCCGCCCACCAGAAGGGCUUACAUCGCUAUUGCUACGCUUUGCCAUCUGAACCUGGUGAAUUACAUGGACUGGUUUCUUGUAGCAGGAGUGCUUCUCGACAUACAGAAGUUUUUUAAUCUUACAGACCAGACUACGGGCCUGUUACACACUGUUUUCAUUCUCUGUUUCUUGUUCUCGGCUCCUGUUUUUGGAUACCUUGGGGACCGAUACAAUCAGAAAAUCAUCCUCAGCAUUGGAAUAUCCUUCUGGUCAACAGUUACCUUUUGUAGCUCCUUCAUUCCAGCCUCGAUGCCCUGGCUGUUUUUUAUUUCACGGGGACUGGUGGGUGCUGGUACCUCCAGUUACUCUACCAUAGCACCCACCAUCAUUGCUGACUUGUUUGAGAAAGAUUAUCGGACGUGGAUGUUAUCAGUCUUCUACAUCUUCAUACCUGUUGGAAGUGGACUCGGCUAUAUCCUGUCAUCUGGAGUGGCGCGUGCAAGCGGUUUUUGGGGCUGGGGCUUCAGGGUUACUCCUUUUAUGGGAAUUACAGGCUUGAUUCUCCUAAUUAUUUUAGUCCCUAAACCAAAGAACAAGACGCUCAUAGCUGGCAAGAGUACCAGAACCUCAACUUGGCUCAAAGACAUUUCUUCUCUUUGCAAAAACUGGAGCUUUAUAGGAUCCUCGCUGGGUGUAACUUGCAUGGGUUUCAUCACUGGCGCUCUCGGUUUCUGGAUUCCUGUGUUUCUUUACAGAGCUGAGGUUGUUUUGAAUAUUUUACAACCAUGCAGCAAAGAUCCAUGUGAAAACCACAACAGUGAGAUAUUUGGAGGGAUCACCAUAGCAACUGGCAUUUUGGGGGUCGUCAUUGGAGCAGAAGCUGCCCGAAGAUACAAGAAGGUUAACACCAAGGCUGACCCUCUUAUCUGUGCUGUGGGCUUGCUCAGUUCAUCUCCAUGCAUGUACUUGGCUAUUAUGCUGGCUGGGAAGAGCAUUGUAGCUGCAUAUAUUUUUAUUGCCCUUGCAGUGUUUUUUUUAUCUUUAAACUGGGCCGUUGUGGCUGACAUCCUCUUGUAUGUCGUGAAACCCGCCUGUCAAUCAACUGCACUUUCUCUUCAAAUUUUUAUGAGCCAUUUGCUGGGUGAUGCUGGCAGCCCCUACCUCAUUGGAAUUAUUGCAAAUACAAUCAAGGUGUACCAAAGAGAUAAUUCCACUCUCUGGGAUUUCCAGAGUCUGAAAUACAGUUUUGUGGUUUGCAUUUUUGUUGGUGUCCUCGGAGGAGGCUGUUUCCUCCUGACUGCUAUUCAUAUUGAGGAAGAUUCGAAGAAAGCUGCAGCACCAACAACACCACCAGCAACAUCAGGGCAAGGCAUUGAGAACAAAAGCUAUGACUUUCAGGGAGAAUGGCAACCUGACAUUUCUACCUUUAUUCCCACUUCCGUUCUUGCAAAGAAGGAAAAGGCCUGAAAUUGACACAUCCUCCAUGUUAAGUCGAUGGUGACAGCGGCAACACUUCCAUGAUUGGACGUCUUGUCUUGGCAUUGAAAAUGUGCUCCAAUUUCCUCAUGUCAGAAUCGCCAUGAGAGCCUGCCAACCAAGGAAUCUAGCGGGGGCAGAAGGCAGAUCUGUCAAACAAGGGCUCUUCUUCUCCAUAUGCAACGUAAUCAUUAUGAACCAGUUGAAACAAUGGAAUGUGGUUUGUCCUCUGUUUAAAUUUGGAAUACAGUAAAAUGGUUGUUCCUCCUGCUGGGUGAGACUCUAGCUAUGUGGAGAACAUGCUUGUAUAUUUGGUGAUGGAUCCUUUGGGCUUUCAUCUCAGGUCCCUCCCCAAUCUUUGCAAACAAAAUGUUUCCUCCUCAUUACUUGUCAAAUAAGGAAAGAAACGUAAUAGAAUAGAACAGAAUAACGGAAUUGGAAGAGACCUUGGAGGUCUUCUAGUCCAACCCCCUGCUUAGGCAGGAAACCCUAUGCCACUUCAGACAAAUGUUGUCCAACAUCUUCUUAAAAACUUCCAGUAUUGGAGCAUUCGCAACUUCUGGAGGCAAGUUGUUCCACGGAUUAAUUGUUCUAACUGUCAGGGAAUUUCUCCUUAGUUCUAAGUUACUUCUCUCCUUGAUUAGUUUCCACCCAUUGCUUCUUGUCCUGCCCUCAGGUGCUUUGGAGAGUAGCUUGACUCCCUCUCAGGAAUCAAUACACUCAGAUAGUCCUUGAUUUAUGACCUUGACCACACCUGGGACCAGAAUUUCCAUUGGUUUUAUUAAGUGAGUCAUGCUCAAUUUCAUAACCUUUUUUUUUGCCAUGGUUGUUAAGUGAAUCACUACAGCUGUGAAUCAUGUGGUCAUUAAGCAGAUCCAGCUUCC